AAAAACACGGUGGCCAUGUUGGUGUGGCUGCUCCUGAGCAUCAUCAACAGCAGCAUGCUGCACACCUUUCUGCGACACAGUCUGUUCUACGAGAACCCUCGAUACAUCAUGUUUAUCUGCAUGGUGGUGAACGACGCCCUGCAGCUGACCCUGGUGACCGCUCUGUACGUGGUCAGCUACAUCUUCAGGAAGAUCCACGCCUCCGUCUGCUGCUUUCUGGUGAUGACGGCGGUCCUCACCACCCGCUCCACCCCUCUCAUCCUGGCCGGCAUGGCUCUGGAGCGCUUCAUCUCCAUCUGCUUCCCUCUGCACUACGGCCAGGUGUGCACCGUCCGCCGCACCCUCCUCCUCAUCGGUGUCAUCCUCAUCCUCACCGCCACUCCUCCCGUCACAGACCUCCUCAUCACCGUCGUCAAAGAGCCCCCGAGUUUCCUCCAAGCCUCCGUCUUUUGUGACCACAGCCUUCUGUUCCGCCACCCGUCCAUCUACUACAAGAACUGCGUGUUCGACGGCGUCUUCCUGUCCUUCGUGGCCCUGACGCUGCUCUACACCUACUGUAAGAUCAUGCUGGCAGCUCGAGCUGCUUCGACCAGCCUGACGUCAGUGAAGAGAGCCAGGAACACCGUGCUGCUUCACGGGGGGCAGCUGCUGCUGUGCAUGCUGGCCUUCGUGGUUCCCUCCCUGCAGGCGGCUCUGAUCUCCAUCUUCCCCCAGCUGAGCACGGAGAUCCGCUACAUCUUCUUCCUGCUCGUCUACAUCAUCCCUCGUUUCCUGAGCCCGGUUGUCUACGGCUUCCGGGACGAGCUCUUCAGGAAGUACUGGAUCCGGUACCUGUCCUGUCAGAGUCCGAGCAUCAUUCGGAUCAGGCCUGUGGUGCUGAAACCUUCAGCCCAGGAAACGUGA